UGUUGUCAAGUUAAGUAACCUUAUUUUUUGAACAAUAAACGUUUUGUGUGUAAAUACAUUUUAUUACGCGCACACAAUGCCAAAAGAAAACAGGUCAAAUUCACAUAUAUCCUCCAAAUACAAAAGUAAAAGUGUCUCACGUCGAAGACGAUCGAGUUCAGAAAGUUCAGAGGAUUACAGAAAGCAUAGAGAAUCUACAAAAAACUCUCGAAGGUCAAAAUCAUUUGAAGACAAAUAUCGAAAACAUCAGAAAUAUAUUGACAAUGAAUCUGAUACCAGUCAUAAAAAAUCUAGUAAAAUAAAGAGCACCAAAGGCAAACACAAAAAGUACAAAAAUAAAAAAGAAUCUAAUUCAGAUGAUAGUUCCAGUAGUAGUGAAAGUUCAUCAUCGGAUAACUCUAUAAAACUCUUGGAAAAAUUAAAGGAGGAAAGAGUAAAGAUUACUGAAUCUAAAAAAAAACAAAAGGAAUUAAUAAAAGCCACAGAAACUCCUGAAGAAAAAAGGUUGAGAAGGUUAAUGAAAAAAGAAGCUAAAGAACGUAGACGAAAAGAAAGAAUGGGGUGGGAUAAUGAAUAUUUACAUUAUACUAACAGUGACAAUCCUUUCGGAGAUGGGAACUUAUUAUCUACUUUUGUGUGGAAUAAAAAGUUGUCUAAAGAAGGUCUCACCGGUGUUAGCCCUGAGGAAUUAGAAACGAGGAACAGGUUCAAACAAGAAGAAAAUAAAAAGGAACUGGAAAAGGUAAUAUUCUAUACUUUUACCACAAACUUCUUUGAAACUAGCAAAAUUAAUUUAGGUAAAAAAGAGGCGACUUGA